UCUACGAUGUUUUAAAAAUAACGCCAUCUGCGGAGAGGCCGAGAAUCUCUUUGACCGAGAACUGAACUUGAAACGAACCUGUCAUUCCUGUCAUUCUAGCCAAGAGCACAAAAACUGAGCACAACGUCCUCACCAAAAAAACUGAGUGUAGACUGCGGGUGGAGGAGAUACGAUAUUUAUUGCGCAGACGGUUUUUUCGAGCGUGGGAGGGGGACAAUAAAUCGUAUGCCUUGAUGUUUAUCACUGUGAUUUCACCCAAGUGAUUAUCGAGUAAAAAGUUGAACGUGAAAGACCCAUAAUUGGACUGUGUUCUAAACAAUCACUUUGGUAAUUUUAAUAUUGAUAUCAUAUCUCUGGUGAUAUAAAUAAAACAAGGAUGUCAGACACUGCAGGGGCAGUACAAGCAACAGCUUCCCCGUAUAAGAUAAUUGAUCAUGCGAGAGAAAGACGCAAGGGCAUUACAGCCUCGUCACUAAAAGAACUCACUGCCAUAGCUAGAAACCGAUUUGACUUGCCACAAGAAGAGCACCUGACCAUUGUUUUGGAACAGGAUGGUACCGAGGUAGACGACGAAGAAUACUUUGCUACGCUUGAGAGAAAUACAAGCUUGAUGGUCCUGUGUGGCCAUCAAAGAUGGUCAGCUGCUGGAAGCUCAGCUAGUACAUCACGCUAUGUUCUGCUGGAUGAUACGGAUAGUGGAAAAGAAGGAACAUCAAGAAGGAGGGAACGUGGGAAUGGGGCACAGAUCAAGCCGCUGGUCUCCUCACUGCGUGGAGAUCCAACCCACAUUUCGCUAUUAGGUGGAAACGACUUGGAACUGCUAAGUGAUAUGGAUCCGGAAAGUCUAGCAGACAUUGUGCCUGACAGGAUAUUCCUGGAGCAACUGAAGGAGGCGUCAGGAAGAUUUUUAGCCGAGAAACGACAGGCGCAGGAAUCAAUGGCACUAUUGCAGAUGUAUGCAAGCGGAGGAGAGAUGGAGCGGGCGUAGGCCAUGUGGGGGGUCGGCACCCUCACACUGGCAAACAUGUACCGCAUUCGAAGACGUCUCAUAUACAAGGGACGUCACAUUCAGCAAACGAUGAUUUUCAUCUGGAAUUGAGCCGAAGUUCCACGUCAAAUUACCCAAUGAAUAUGGGGCAGAAGGAAGGGAGUAAAGUUUCUGUGAUUCAUAUGUGUAUAGAUAUCUGCCGACUGAAUGAUGGGCAAUUUUUAUGUCCUACAUAAUGAUUAAUGGAUGAUCACAGCUUAUAAUACACGCUCAUAAUAUUUGGCAUACCUUCUGCAUUACAGGUAUCGUACGUCUUUUAUCGGAGAGAAUAAAUAAUUGCAACUUUGCACACAAUCGUGUAGGUAAACAUACCCUAUAUAGAAUUGCGUUAGGAAUUAAUCGGCUAUAGUGUACUGACCCAUUGCAAAAUAUCCAGUAAAGUAUCAUUCCACCGCUGCCGAGGCUAGAGCGUAAAAAUAAUUUCCUUGCAAGGUAGCCACAUCGAUAUUGGCCCAAGGAUUAGGAUUAUAUAUGAUUUUUAUAAAUGUUUAUUACACAUUUGUAUUUCUAUAAGAGAUAGGUUUUAGUUGAUACCAAGUUUUAUGAAAUGUUUAAGACUGAAUUUCAUUAUAUUGAGAGGUAAGUAAAGUUUCAUCCCCCAUUUAGAUCACAAUUUUCGCUCCACUAAAAUUAGCUGUUCGAUCCAUAAACCGAUCUUAGCACCCUUUGAUACCAGAAAAAGACACAUUUGAUAGAAAACUAAAUG